CAGGUCUCGGGCCCUCAGGCGGAGCGGCGGGCGCCGGACCCCAGGCGGGCGGCGGGCACCGAGUCACCAGGCACGACAGUGGGCUCCGAGUCAACUGGUAUGACCGCGGGGCACUGGGUCAGACAUUGGAUCGUCUGGCUGGACAGCGGGCAUCGGGUCACCAGGCAUCAGGUCAUUUGGCUCGACAGCGGGCACCGCGUCAUCUGGCAAGGCAGUGGGCUCCGAGUCAACUGGUAUGACCGCGGGCACUGGGUCAGACAUUGGAUCGUCUGGCUGGACAGCGGGCAUCGGGUCACCAGGCAUCAGGUCAUUUGGCUCGACAGCGGGCACCGCGUCAUCUGGCAAGGCAGUGGGCUCCGAGUCAACAGGCACGACAGUGGGCAC